CGGGUCUGAAAAAUCACGGCGAGUGGAGGGUUUUCAUGAAAGAAACGCGCCCUGUAUUUGUCCGCGUUACCACAUCGGAAGUGUGCGCGUGUCGUCUGCGAGCUCGUGGAGGAUAUUUCGGACGUGGGCUGCGAGGAUAAAGUGGACUCUUGUCUCCAGCCAUCUUGACUGCCGCUCGCCGCCCUGCAGGCUCUUUCUCCUCCUCCUCCUCCUCCUCGUCGGCUUCAGCUGAAAGUAAACACGGCUCCCACAUUGCUGGCAACUCCGUGUGAGAUCCACACAGAAGCGCGAUGGGCUCGCAGCGUGGAGUCUAACCCACAGCGCGGACCGAUCUAUCGCAGCGGAAGAAAGGGGCAGCGGACUGGAGCGGAGCCGCCUGCGGGAUGGACGUGUUCGGGAUAUACCUGCUCCUCUCACUCGCCCUCCUGCCCAGGUCCAGCUGCACCACGGCCAAGGAGCUCACGUGCCAGGAGAUCGCCGUGCCUCUGUGCAAGGGCAUCGGCUACAACUACACCUACAUGCCCAACCAGUUCAACCACGACACGCAGGACGAGGCGGGUCUGGAGGUGCACCAGUUCUGGCCUCUGGUGGAGAUCCAGUGCUCCCCGGACUUGAAGUUCUUCCUGUGCAGCAUGUACACGCCGAUCUGCCUGGAGGACUACAAGAAGCCGCUGCCGCCCUGCCGGAGCGUGUGCGAGAGAGCCCGGGCCGGCUGCGCGCCUCUCAUGCGGCAGUACGGCUUCCCCUGGCCGGACAGGAUGCGCUGCGAUCUGCUCCCGGUGCAGGGCACCCCGGACACGCUGUGUAUGGACUACAACAGAACCGACUCCACGACGGCGUCCCCGGUUCUGUCCAAGCCCACCAACAACCCAGGCAAGGGCUUCGUUCCCCCGAAACGUCCCAGCGCGGCUGGCAAGUACAAGCCGCCGGCAGCGCCGUGCGAGCCCGGGUGCAAGUGUCUGGAGCCCAUGGUGCCGGUGAACACGGACCGCCACCCGCUUUACAACCGCGUCAAAACAGGUCAGGUCACCAACUGUGCCAUGCCGUGCCACAAUCCGUAUUUCACGCACGACGAGAGAGCUUUCACGGCUUUCUGGAUCGGACUCUGGUCGGUGUUGUGUUUCGUGUCAACUUUCGCCACGGUGGCCACUUUCCUCAUCGACAUGGAGAGGUUCAAGUACCCGGAGAGGCCCAUCAUCUUCCUGUCCGCCUGCUACAUGUUUGUUUCCAUCGGCUACAUCGUCAGACUGAUCGAAGGACAUGAAAAAGUGGCGUGCAGCCGGGAGCACGACCUGGAGCACAUCCACUACGAGACCACCGGACCUGCUCUGUGCACCGUGGUCUUCCUGCUCAUCUACUUCUUCGGCAUGGCCAGCUCCAUCUGGUGGGUCAUCCUGUCCCUGACCUGGUUCCUGGCCGCGGGGAUGAAGUGGGGCAACGAGGCCAUCGCCAGCUACUCCCAGUACUUCCACCUGGCCGCCUGGCUCAUCCCCAGCAUGAAGUCCAUUGCGGUUCUGGCUUUGAGCUCAGUGGACGGAGACUCUGUCGCUGGCAUUUGCUACGUCGGGAACCAGAACCUGGACAACCUGCGGGGCUUCGUCCUCGCCCCCCUUGUUAUUUAUUUAUUCAUCGGCACUAUGUUCCUUCUGGCCGGAUUCGUGUCGCUGUUCCGGAUCAGGAGCGUCAUCAAGCAAGGUGGCACCAAAACAGACAAACUGGAGAAGCUGAUGAUGCGGAUCGGCAUCUUCACGGUACUCUACACGGUUCCCGCCACAAUCAUAGUAGCCUGCUACUUCUACGAGCAGCACAACAGACAGAGCUGGGAGAUCACCCACAACUGCUCCAACUGCUUGCUGGAGAGGGACCGCAGGACUCCACACUAUGCAGUGUUCAUGCUCAAGUACCUCAUGUGCCUUCUGGUGGGCAUCACCUCCGGCGUGUGGAUAUGGUCGGGGAAGACUCUGGACUCAUGGAGGAACUUUUGCACCAAGUGCUGCUGGGGCAGCAAAGCCACCAGCGGGUCCAUGUACAGCGACGUUAGCACGGGACUGACGUGGAGGUCCGGCACGGCCAGCUCGGUGUCUUGCCCCAAGCAGAUGCCAUUGUCCCAGGUUUGAAUGAGCAGCUUAUGUAGACUGCUAAUUGUUUGGGAGAUAACCCAUCACUCUCUGUCUUCGGCGAUUUACAUGGUAAUGACCUGCUGCUGAGGUGCUCCCAAAGUCCCCACACACCUCCAGGGGAGAGCUCCUAAAACAAUGUCCAGGCAUUCACACGGGUCAACUCCUCUCUGUUUAUAUGUAUUAGAGCUGCAGACUGAGACCGGGCAUUACUUGUUUUACCGAGACAAUUGUUCUCCUUAACUAGCUUCAUACAAAGACCAUUUUUAUAACCAUUUCUUAUCUUCAUAGUGCCAGAUAACAUCGCCAAUCAAGAUGGUUUAAAUUAAGCCUUAAUAGCACCCCAAGUAUUUUACGGGUCACACUUUUUUUUUUGUAUUUAUAUGAAAUAUGUACAUUUGUGUAUAAAAAAAAGAAAGUUUAUAUUGUAAAUUUGUAUAAAUUGUAGAUGUUCUUUUCUGAAAAAAAGCACAAAUAUGAUCUUUAU